GCUGAAUUUAGUCUGUGUGUGUGUGUGUGUGUGUGUGUACACACCUGCGUGGGCGCAUACACAAACAGCACAGCUUCCUAGCUUUACCUGUUCAGACACUGUGUGGGGACGAAAGCAGCUGUCAACCCUGUUGGCUUGACGAAACAGACAUAAUCUGACCAGGAGAAACGCUAUGAAACAGUGCAGGCCUCGGUGCUGAACAGGUCCCUUGCCAUACUAAGCUACUGAGAACUUUAUGCAUGGAAACUGGUCAAAGCUGGCCCAACUGAGACAAGCUGAAUCUGGAAGUGGAGACUUGGUGGAGGGUGGACCACAGAGGCAUAAAGAGGUCUUCACAGGUCCUGAGUGUUGAGUAGAUAUUUGUGCAAGUAUGAAUCCAAUGUGGAAGGUAUAUAAGAGCAAAGUACUGAAGACCCUUAACCCUGAGUAUGAGGAGGACACUGCUGAAGAGGUUACAGAGGUGGAGAAUGAUAUGAUGAGUCCAGUGCAGGAGGAUGAGGGACCCAAUGCUGUAUCCCAGUUGGCCAGGAAAAUGCAGGGGGCAGGGACUAAAAGCUGGAACAGGUUAUCAGCUCUCUUCAACAAAGACGAUGAACACCAGCUUCUAGAGGAGACUGAGAGCCCGCCAGUCGCUGACCAUCCACUUGCAGUGAAGCCAGAAGAGCCUCCUCGCCCCACUAGGCGCUCAGGAUUCUGGGAUAGCUUUGCGGCCAACUGGGCUGCCAAGAAACAGGCAGAGGCUGCAGCCGCCGCUGCUGCAGCAAACGAGGCGGCAGCAGGGCAGGGUGAGGAGGGGGUGACAGAGGCCGGAGGGGAGGAGAGCCAGGAUGGGCAGAUCCCUCAGGGAGAGGAGAGUGAAGGAGGAGGAGGAGGAUGGAGCAGCAACAACAGCUUCUCCAAAUACGUCUCGCUGGGAGGAGGGAACGAGGACACAUCCUUCAAGUGGAACUUUGUCACCAGCAAGCUGGCAGAGCUGAAGACCAAGAGCAACUAGCUGUUCAUGAUGAAGGAAUCUGGAGAAUAUAAACAAUAUGAUGAAGGGGUUAGAUUGUAGGAGUGUGGAAGAAGUUUAGGAGGAAGGUAUAUUUUACACAGGAUGUCCUGUAACUAAAUUGUAACCACUAUUGUAGAAGUCCCUUUUUAUCACAAACUAUUGAACUUAUGCACCGUCUCCCAUAUAAAAUUCUUUUUCCAACCACAUCACAAUGAACCAGUUUAUUUUUAACCUUUACUUUCCCAUGACCCUAUUUUAGGCCCAAAUAUUCUCCUGCAUACAAAUGGAGAAUAGUCUUGAAAUAUCUUUUUGUAUUAAAUUUUCACGAGCAAGGAGGGAUUUUGCUUCACAAAGGGGACUUCUAAAAUCGCUUGUACUAAAAAGAGAGUUACUUGGAGAUGAGAUGGGUGUACUAUGCAUAUCUGCCUACAGCGCUAAUAGCUGUCUCUUUACCAUCUUGAGACGCAGCAUGUAGCCAACAGUGUAACUAGAGAUCAGUAUGAUAGAGGUAAAUACAACAGAUUUAUUACUUUAUCCAGUGUUGAACCUGGUAUAUACUGUAGGUUAUACAAAACAGUCUACUUUCUAGGGGUUGUAUGGUGACAUCUACUUUCCCAAAGUGCUUUUUAAACCACAAAAAGGGGCAUUCACACCUGUCAGCAAACUUGAUCUAAUCUGUAAUUUAGCAAAAACUGGAUUAAGAGAUUAAAGGCAGUGAUAGCUGGAUUAGUUGAGGAUUAUCUCACUUAACCUGUUCAGAGGGCAGGGGAUUUGAGUCAAGAGAUUUGGCAGUGCGACAUAACUGUUACAUAAUACAAGCAUUUAUAAACUACUUAUUCUCUCCUCAGACAUCAGGAAGGGGAAAUGUGUUGCACAAUUAUAUGUAAUGUGUAAAAUAUGAAUGUGUGUGUGGUGAGAUAAAGUCAGGUGCACUGACAUGAUGACUUAACUGUCUCGAAUUUUCUGAUUGUGACUGAGACUGACUGACAAUGCAAAGUGUGAGUUUUUAAGCAUUCCAAAUUUUGUGACUUGAAAGAAAUUAGGCUUUGAACAUUAUUUUAUCUCAGAUUUUGGUUUUGAUCUUGUAUUAUGUUUUAUUCUGUUGUUUUGUUUUCUGGCAUGCUAUAAUAAAGACUGCUGCACUAAAAGUUCUGAGCAUGAA